AGAUGGCAGCGCGAACGGCCGGAUGUGACGUCAACAACAAGCACCGGAUGUGUUGAUCUAAAGGUUUCUGGUCGCUCCUUAUUGACGUGCCCAGGCGGAUUGCGGUUGUUUUAGUGCGGUGUUCCGAGCCGGAGGGACGGGAGCCUGCGGGCCGCUUAGAGAAUGACAACCGCAGCAAGGCCAACGUUUGAGCCAGCCAGAGGCGGCAGAGGCAAAGGAGAAGGAGACCUUAGUCAGCUUUCCAAACAGUAUUCCAGUAGAGACCUUCCAUCACACACAAAGAUCAAAUACAGACAGACCACCCAGGAUGCCCCCGAGGAGGUGAGAAGCCGCGACUUCAGGAGGGAACUUGAAGAAAGGGAACGCGUUGUGGUCAGAGAGAAGAGCCGAGACCGGCCGCCAAGAGAACACACAUCAUCUGUGUCCAAGAAGCCCCGUUUAGAUCAGAUUCCAGCAGCCAAUCUGGAUGCAGACGACCCGCUGACAGAUGAAGAUGAAGACAACGAUUCAGAUGAAGACAGUGACGAUGACACCGCAGCCCUCCUGGCAGAACUGGAGAAGAUUAAGAAGGAACGGGCAGAGGAGCAGGCCCGCAAGGAACUAGAGCAGAAAGCCGAAGAGGAGAGGAUUCGUAUGGAGAACAUUCUAAGCGGCAAUCCCCUCCUGAACCUCACUACUCCCAUCGUGGCUCAAGCAAGCUUUAAGGUGAAACGGAGGUGGGACGACGACGUGGUGUUCAAGAACUGCGCCAAGGGAGUGGACGAGAUGAAAAAGGAGAAGAGAUUCGUGAACGACACGCUGCGCUCCGAGUUCCACAAGAAAUUCAUGGAGAAGUAUAUCAAGUAGUACAGUUUUAUGUGCUCCGGGAAGAAGACGAGGAGAUUUUCAUUUUAACCUGGAAUACUUGCGGACAUCAUUCAGUAGUCAUCACAUCAUCAAUACCAUGUGAUGGAGAACUUGUCAUGUGUCGCCCCCUGUCUUGUAUCUGCACGUUCUAUGUGAAUAAAAGGCUUGUUUUUUUUUUCUCUUUUUAAUAAUUUUUUUGUGUUUUUUUUUUUUAU